GUCAAACAAUCGCGUACAUAUUACAUCGCAUGAUUUUACUGUUCAAUGUCCAUAUUGCAUGUAAAGAUUAAUUAGCCUAUAUAAAUUUCCCGGGAUAAUUAUCAUCCUUUUAUUAAAACCGUAUGACUAGACAACAUCUCUCUUCAGUCUUUGCAUACACUGUUAAUCGUCAUUCACUGAAAGUGGUACGGGUGAGACUCCCAACAUGAAUUCAUCAGAAAGCGCUACGGGUGGGACUCCCAACAUGAAUUCAUCAGAAAGCGCUACAGGUAGGAAUCCUAGCAUGAAUACAUCAGAAAGCGCUACAGGUGGGACUCCCAACAUGAAUACAUCAGGAAGCGCUACAGGUAGGAAUCCUAGCAUGAAUACAUCAGAAAGAGGUACGGGUGGGACUCCCAAUAAGACUUCAUCAGAAAGCGCUGCAGGUGGGACUCCCAACAUGAAUUCGUCAGCAUGUGCUGUGUGUGGGACCCCCUACAUGAAUACAUCAGAAAUGUGUGGUAUGCCCAUCAUGAAUUCGUCAGAAAGUGCUUUGUGUAGGAUUCCCAACAUGAAUUCGUCAGACUGUGCUAUGUGUGGGAUCACCUUCGUAAAAGGGCCUUCGGGAUAUGGUCGGAUUAGACUACGCAGAUGUACUACCCUGGGAAUAGCCCAGAAAUUCUGUCGAGGGCCUGUGUGCAUGGACAAUUUUGUGUGCCGAAAAUGCGAGCGCAUCAUCGUGAAGAAUACAAAAAGGCAAAAAAGGUUUUUGAAAGCUAAGAAAAAACUCUUGAAAAAUGGGGGUCUUUUAAAAGGUUUACAAUCACCUGUUUGCUCCCCAUCACAAAGUGCAGAGAGUAGAGCCCAACAGAUACCUUGCGCUCAGGAAAAUGAGGGAGGAGGUAAAACCGAAUCACCCACAAGCACUGUUCCCAUGGAGACUGGACACGAGGUUCCAGAUUGGGAUGAUAUGGAAGAAGGAGAAGAAACCCAGAAAUCACAGAGUUCAAGUCGGUCCUUACCAAUAGAUAAAGUCAUUGCCUACCUGACGGAGUACAAAUAUCUGACCGGGCUCAGGGCUCUGUGUAAGAUUUCUGCAACAGCCAAGCAAGCACUGAUAACUGUAGUGGCAGAGAUAAUAAAAAACGAGAUAAAAUCAGAACCAAAGAUCAAGGCAUUUCAGCAACGUGUCAGCCACUCUGCAGUCUCUUCAUUUUCCUGGGUAAAAGCGAUGGAAGAGGCUCAGCAGAGCUUACCAGCCACAGUCAACUGUAUCCGGGCUAUGCUACCACUCAAGAAGAAAAGAAAAUACGAUAGUGAUGUAGCUCGAAAGGCUGUCCAAAUGCUGAGCAUUGCCCUCUACACUAGAUCCCGCGGCUACAAGUUUGUCCCAUCGUCUGUUGCUUUAGAACUCUACAAACUACAAGCAAGCAAGAAGGUUAUCAGAACAUUUAACCGCAUUGCGAUAUCCCAGAGCAAGGACGCAAUCAAGGCCAGUCUCGAUGCCAUUAGAAAAGACCAUGAACAUGAACUUCUGAACUGGAAAGAGUCUCAGGAAAAAACGCAAGCUGAUCAAGGAUCGAAAGAUGGUCAAAGGCAGGAAAGUUAUGGCUUUGGCUACAGCCGUGUCCAACUAGGAAAUGAAGCAAAGGCGACAGGCCACUCAAACACAAAAGCUCUCUGUUUUGCAGUCAAAGAUCGUGUUCAUAAGAGACCUGUGAAAAGUCGUAUUUGUACCGGGAGAGCAACCAAGGGGCAAGUGCCGGCUGCCGAACUGGAUCCCUAUACGUUUCUUCCGUCCCCCGAAGUCUUUGAGCGUAGAAGAUCGAGGGCUGUAUUCCUGGUCAAGCACCUCAUCACUAAGCACCUGACGAAACUCCAGCAUCUCAAGGAGAUGAUGCCUUCCAGGAUCCUUCAUAGUCACACCAAAGAAAUGGAUGAGAAAUCACAAUGUGUUACACUUGGCGUAGUUGAUGCUAACCCAGGCUCCACGCAGGGUAUGAUGUCUGUCCUUGAACGUUUGCAGAACUAUUUGCCUGUGAAGGAAGGUAAGCCGACACCAUGCUUAAUGAGUGGGGACAUUGAGCCCAUUCUUCAUGCGCAGAGGCAUGCCUGCAGUGAAGGAGAAGACGGGGAUGGACGCUUUGUUCCCAUUUUUGCCUGCCCUCAAGAAUAUCAAAAGGAACUUCUCCAUGUACAAGAAUCAAAUAAAAGGUUCUUCAAAGCAUCCAGUAUAACUGAUAGAGGGACGAUCGCCCAGCUGAGGAACCAGUUUAAUCUAAGAUUAUUCAAGAACGAGACCAAUGAAAGAUAUCAACAUGCAUGGGAUUUGUACGAGUUUGUGACAGAAUCACACAUCCUAUUGUGUGCAAUGAAAUUGUGUGGAGUGACAUCACUUGAAGAUGAACCGGAAGGACUACCAAGCAAUGAGAAUGACGCAAAGCAACUCCAGUGGUUGACUAACCUUGCACAUCAAGUGGUGGACUUCUGCUGGUCUCCUCCAGAAAGAGAAGAUGUACACGUGGCUGCCGCGUCAUAUGACAAAAAAACGAAAGACAUUGCGGAAAAAGCCCUUCGAUACUGUCGUUGCAACGCUCGUGAGAAGUCGGAUGACAUGGUCUUGUGCUGUGCCAGAACGUGCAAGCAUGGCUGGUUCCACUUAGACUGUUUGGGACUGGACAAGGCUCCGGACUCGGAAGAUGACUGGUACUGCUCCAAGAAAUGUGAAAACAGCGCAUCCUACAUCUACUGUUUCUGUCACACGAAGCAACCGGUUGGGGUGAAUAUGGUCCAGUGUCACCUAGCGGAGCAGUGUAAGAAGUAUGUGUGGUACCACCAAGAUUGUGUGUCUACUAGCACGGAUGCUCCCUUACCAGAAACAUGGUACUGUUCUGAGGAAUGUGCGCUUGGAGCUGAAAAUGAUGACCAUGUGCUGAACCACUCCAAGGCUCUGAUGUAUGAAGGUCUAUGUCAUCUUAUCAGACGUCACGCCGUUAGUGAAGGUAACGGACCUGCCAUGGUGGAUGACUGGAAGACUGAUAUGCUCAACUUUCAUGAGUGGGGUCAUCAGGAGUAUCUCGUUACCGGGCAUUAUUUUCUUGCAUGUAUUGGAGGGUUUGCUGAUCCAGAACUUCAGUUCAGCUUCCUUUGGAACCGAGUUGCGAACCCCAAAGGCACGCCGGGAGAAAACGUUGGAUUGGACGUUGUGCAUGAAUGUGUGAAUUUGGACAAUACAGGAAUCAAACCUCCUGCAGGAAGUAUUACCACUGACCUGCUUGCGAGAUAUGCUCAACUAAAAGGGCCUUUUGGAAGAGAUCUUGGUACCCUCUUUGCAGCGUCAGGCCCUGUGGAGAAAAGAGUUAACAAUGCUAGGACUGACUGGUAUAACCAGGGCAUCCAGCGUUUCACCAAAGACUACCAGUCCGAUGCCCUCUUUGACUACAUUCCAGGAAGGGAGCACUCUGCCUUUGGUGUCUUUGAAAGCAGUUGUCAAGUGGAGAAUCCCAAGCGGUUAGGACGAAAGUUGCAGAGUCUUUCAGCUGAAUUGGACAUGUGGAAAAGUGUUACUACAUCGUGCAGGGAAACGUGAAUUUCGCCAAGAUGUGAGCCAUGGGAUGAUUUAGUAAAAAAGCCAAGGGUUUAGUCAGAUACCUUGUCAAAAUUUCAGAGCUGUGUCUUUCCUGGAGGAAUCCCACAAGUGGCUCUUCAUUACCCACUCUCACAUUCAUCAUUCUCCUAGUCGAAAUGCUUGGGAAUGCUGGAAUGUUGCUAUGGAAAGACUCAUGGUGCCUUAAUACUGAGAUUCCUGCGACUUUUGAUAAGUUAAAUUGAAAAAGCUUUAGCUGUAAGGGCAUGAUUGUUGCCUGUGUUUGUGAUAUCUUUUGAAAGUCAAGCAUUGAAAAAAAAUGCAUGUGAAAAUGACUAUUUAGGUGAUUCAAAAAAGUGAAUAUGUUAAAAUGACUGGAAAAAACAUUCCUAACUUUAAUUUAGAUACAUUAUGUGCUAUUUUCAUUGUCCCCUGCAGAGAACUGGGAGAGUUCUUUGCUGACAGUUCAGAUUAUUUUUCAGUGACAAAUUUCAAAAAUCUUUGCACAAAGUCGAUAUUUUUGUUUAUUUCUUGCCUUCCCCCUGAUAGCUAAUUGGCUUUGCGCUUGUUGAAAUAGGCUGUCUGGAACUCUAUACAAUUUUGAGGAAAAAAUUGUGUAAUAAUAUUUUUGCCUGCGCCCUCCUCUUAUCUCUGCCUGCCCUUCCAACCUCCUGACAAUAUGCCAUGGGACACCAAAGUGUAUUACAUACUCCACAUCGUUUAUAUUGUUGUCCAUGCCAAAUGCCACGGUGGAAACCACACACCUAAGUUUACUGCUAGGCUUGGCAAACACUUCCGUGAUUCUACGUUGGCUGUUGUAAUCUAUUUACACCGACCUCAAUAUUCCAGGCAAGUCUUGAAAUGUGACAAAAUUUAUGAUCUACAAAACUGAUGAGAUCUUUUCAACUUUCAAGUCAUACACAAGUCAGAUUUGAAGUUCAUCUGCCAAUAAGCUUUUUUACUGAAAUGUGCUAAUUACCUCUCUGAUCUAAAAAUUUGAAUCCUGAUUUCCCCAAAACUUAUUCAGAUCUGUAAAAAAAGGCUUCAUCCUAUAAAUAUAUUAAUCAUAAUGGAUGGAUGGUUGAAUGAAUGGACAACCUGAAAAACAUAAUGCCUCUGUUAACCAUCUAACGUGUGCAGAUGAUACAAAUUAGGUAGUCAGUAAAGGAAUAUAUAUGAUUCAAAGUAUUCAUUCUAAAGCAAGGUUAUUCAUUAAAAAAAUUGUAAGACAAGUAUCAUUAUCAGUAACAGCUGUAAUGUGCAAGUAAGUUCAUCAUAAGUUUGAUCUAUGUACCUGUCACUCAGGAAUACUUCUACCAAGAUAAUGAAUGUUUUAGAUGCUAUUGUACAACGCCUACUUAGCUUGUUGUACGCGAGCAAAUGCGAGGCUCAAUGUCAAACAUUCGUACCGUUGCACAAAAUACGUACCAUCCAAAAUGUACCAUUGCACGGCUUUAGGAGGUGACGUCACAAUACGAUUUAAUUCAUUGCGCUCAGUAAAAAUGAAGGUGCAGUACGCGUAUAAGCCUGCUGGCUAAAUGCACAAUGCUGCCCAGGGUCAUGUGCGCUCAGUGUGCGCUUGUGGGAUUUUGCUUUUCGCUUUCAGUAUUUUUGCUCCCUUUUCAUAGAUUUUAUACAGGGGUAAACUCUUGUUUUUUUUUCAUAUUUUCGCUAUAUUCCGAGGCGCUGUACAACACAAAUAGCGAAUAUUCUUAUUCGUGCAAUGAUGCGAGAUUUCGCAUUCGGUGAAAGAAAGAGACGCUCUAUUCAACUCGGCUAACGCCUCGUUGAAUAGAGCAUCUUUCUUUCACCUCAUGCGAAAUCUCGCACCAUUGCACCAUGCCUAUUCGCUAUUUGUAUAAUGUAUAGUAGUAAGGCAUCUAGGUACCAUUGUAUAAUUAUGAACCUUUUGCAGUGAGAAUCACUGACAUGCAGUUUAGAGUGUUCAUUAUCAUGAGCAGUUUGUCCCUUUCUCGUACAAUAUAGUACCACAUUGAGCCAAACCCUUUCGCCCGUAUUCUGAAGUCGGGUUAAAUUUAAACUCUGGUUUUUAGUUGUGGUUUAACUAUGGAAAGCCAGUUGUUACAUAAAUCUACAACAAGUAGAGGUUCAAUGUAUCAGCUCAUUUGACUCCCAAAACAUUAAUUGCCUGGGAAGGAUAAGUAUGACAGUUGUCUUCACCAUUAAAGAAUUAGUAAAGAGCACAGUAAACAUGAGAAGCAUUCACUCUAAAACAAAAUUUUGAAACGUUUGGCUUCCCAUAGUUUUAGCACAGAGUUAGACCAUGGUCUAUGUUAAACCCGACUUCAGAAUACGGGCCUUUGGGUCAUAUUCUGAUAGCCAUGGUUUAAACUUGGGUUAACUAAGACCACAUUUUCAGCCAUUAAAGUAUUUUCGUUUAUAACAAAGGACAAGAGCUAUUCUUUCAAACUUGGAUAUAGUGUUUUAGGUACAUUUUACAUCAUCAAUUGCAUGAUUAAAAAUUGUAUUCCUGGGUGAAGGUCAAAGGUGAUGUCAGAUCAAUCUACUCUGAUAAAAAUGUAUGUUCAUUGUCUUAAAGGUGUUUAAUCAAACUAAAUGAAAUGUGAAAUGUGUGAAAUGGUUAUUGGAUAUCACAAAUGAUAUUAAAUCAAUAAUGUGUUUUUCCAGUGAAGGUCAAAUGUUAUUUGAGGUCAUUGAACUUCUGGGUUUAUUGUCAACUUAUAUAAUGUCUUACAAGACAUUUAAGAGGUUGCAACACUAGGUCACCCGACAUGGUCACUUUAACUUUGCUCUGGUUUUUAUGCAUUCCUUUUACUUUGCUGAUCAAAGCAUUCUUUGACAUGUUAAAAAAAAAACCUUCCAAACCACAUGCAGUGAUAGCUUACAUAGGAAAUAUUCAGGGCUUCUGUAUUCUAUCUACUUUUUGCCCUUAUCAAUCAACAGAAUCUUUGAGGCAAAUCAUCAUUUAUGUCAUGUCCUGCUCUGCCUUGGUGUAUCUAGAAUGUAAAGUUACAUCAAUUGCUGUAUUACAUUUUUUUACCAUCUGGCCUUGAAUAAUGUGAUGUUUUUCGUUACACUUAUUAAACUGAUAAUUUUGAAGAAAAAUAU